AGAAACCAUAUCCUCGUUUUGAACCACUCGUUGGUGUCUGAGCAACAGAGCUCCUUCGCGGCGGUGCUCCAUGGCACUCGUUCUCGGCGUCUCCUCCUCCAUCGCCGCCGUCUCCGUCCGAUCGCCUUCUUUCUUGCCGAUCUCUUGUGUGGAUAGGAAGAGCUCCGGGUCCGUCGAGCUGAGGGACGAUUGGAGGAAGCGGUCGAAGCCGAUUCCUCCCGGCGGGAUAUACCCCGCCAAGGAGCAUUGCAGUAGGUGCGGCUUGUGCGAUACUUACUACAUCGCUCAUGUGAGAAACGCCUGCGCUUUCUUGGGAGAUGGGAUGUCGAGAAUUGAGGCUUUGGAACCAGUUGUCCAUGGCCGAGGAAGAAAUGCUGAUUUGCAGGACAUGUACUUCGGUGUCCAUGAGGAGUUGUUGUAUGCUAGAAAGAUUAAGCCGGUUGAAGGUGCUCAGUGGACUGGAAUUGUAACCACUAUUGCGGUAGAAAUGCUGAAGGCAAAUUUAGUAGAAGCUGUCGUUUGUGUGCAAAGUGAUCCUAAUGACAGACUCUCCCCUCGACCUGUUUUAGCCAGGACACCAGAUGAAGUUUUUGCAGCGAAAGGUGUUAAACCAACAUUGUCUCCUAACUUAGACACCCUUGCCUUAGUUGAGGCAGCAGGAGUAAAGCGUCUUCUCUUUUGUGGUGUUGGUUGCCAAGUUGAAGCAUUAAGAUCCAUUGAAAAGCAUCUGGGCUUAGAAAAGCUCUAUGUGCUUGGCACCAACUGUGUGGAUAAUGGAACACGUGAAGGGCUUGAAAAGUUCUUGAAGUCAGCUAGCAAUGAUCCUGAUACAGUUUUACACUACGAAUUUAUGCAGGAUUACAAGGUUCACUUGAAGCAUUUGGAUGGGCAUAUUGAAGAGGUUCCUUAUUUUUCCCUGCCAGCAAAUGAAUUAGUAGAUGUUAUUGCACCGUCUUGUUACAGCUGUUUCGACUACACAAAUGCACUAGCGGAUCUGGUUGUAGGUUAUAUGGGUGUGCCAAAGUAUGAAGGACUAAGCAUGACACAACACCCACAAUAUAUUACCAUCAGGAAUGAGCGUGGAAGGGAAAUGUUCAGUUUAGUAGAGAACCUUUUAGAGAUCACUCCCACAACCAGCAGUGGUAACAGACAACCAUUUGUUAUGGAGACAGUCAAAGCCGAUGAUAAAGCAAAGGCUGGGAAAGGUCCUUCUCAGCCAGCUCCUAGAUUUAUCGGCAACUUGAUUGCAUAUAUCCUAAACUUGAUCGGUCCAAAAGGCCUGGAAUUUGCACGCUAUUCUUUAGAUUACCACACCAUAAGGAACUACUUAUAUGUAAUGCGAAAAUGGGGAAAGACCAGAGCUGACAGGCACAUUCCCUCUUAUGCAAAGAAAAUUGUGGAAUCAUACAAUGAGAGCGGAGUGGUAGAUCAAAUGCUUUCACAAAAGUGAUCCAAUAUCUGACCUGGAGGUAAUCUUGCUCAACUUCAGUGCUUCAGUUUUGUCUGCUUGGUAGCAACGUUAGCUAGCCCCUUUGCCUACAACAUCACUACAUAGCAAACUAGCUUGUGGAUCAAUUUUUAAUUCCAGUUUGAUAUAUUAUGUGUUUGAGCAUGCAAAUUAGCCAUAGGAGACUUGGGUACACUGGUUAGACGAGCCCCGGUGCUGCUUGUAUGCUACUUUUGGUUUGUUUUGGAUCUGUUGUUGUAUGUAAUUUCUUGAAUACUCAUGUUUGAGUGUAAUGUAAUGUGUAGUUUGUACUUUGUUUGA